AUGACAGCGGUACACGAUACGCUGCACACAGCAGAGCUACUCGAGAUGAUACUCAUCAACGUCGACAUGCAUACUUUGCUUCUAGCACAGCGUGUCAGCCGCUACUGGUCUGAGUCCAUCGAAGGCUCUAUGAAACUUCAAAAAAAGCUCUUCCUCAUCCCUGCCACGAGCGGAGAUAUCAUCAAGCUCAACAUAGCAUCGAAUAUUUCCCAGAACUCCAUGGUCGAGUCAAUGGUCGUAGACUCCAACCUGAAGGCCCCAACACCGUCCGACGUCUCGGUCCUCAACCCUCUGUUUGACUGGGAGCGCACUCGCUUCUUUGCUACUCCUAGCAUUCCAAUCUGCACGAGGCCAGACAGGGAUAAUAGGGAUCUCAGUCGACAUCAGGUGACUCCCUCAUGGCACAAGAUGGUCAUGACCCAGCCUCCUCAAUUCGAGCUCUGGACGGGUCAAAAGCGGUGCAACAACGAAAAGCUGAUCGCAGGCAAUACACCAGCCGGUCGCCCUCACUUUUUCCGCAACGUUACGGAGGUGGGUAUCAUGGCGCCGACCAGAGUGUACGAGCAGUGGGGAAAGGAAGGACAACGUGGAGUACUAUCAUGGGCAUCCGUGCACUCUUCUGCAAUCUUCUGGGAGAUGGUAGACAAGGAGCGUGCGUUGGCCUCAAGUAGGCAGGGCGAGGGAGACGGUGGCGUCGAGUCAUAA